AUGGCUGCCACGGCCUCCAACCCCGCCGCCUCGGCACCCGCCUACGUCUCAAAAUGGUCCUCCCGCUACCGCGGCGCGACAGUAGAAGACCUCGACCCCCCCGCCGCCCUCUCCCUGACCCCGAACGACCCCAUCUCCAUCGCCCUCCUCUCCGCCUUCGAGCGCGACUACACCCACCUGACCGUCGUCGACGCCCACCGCGCCCUCGUCGGCUACCUUGCCAUCCCGCACCUGCAGGCCCUCCUCGACGCCGGCAAGGUCACCCCCGAGGACCCGCUGUCCAAGGCCAUGGUCCGCUUCCAGCGCAAGGGCCGCAAGUACCGCGUCAUCACCAUGCAGACGCCCCUCGAGGAGCUCGAGGCCUUCUUCGAGGGCGACGGCGUCGAGGGCCGCAAGAGCCACUUCGCCGUCAUCACCGACGAGAAGAGGCGCUUCGUGCUGGGCGUCGCGACGGUGCAGGAUCUCGAGGAGUUCGUCAAGAGGAGGCCGGCCUAA